AUGGCCAAAGAGACUGUAGCCGUGGCCGGUGGUCGGAGUGAGGACGGCCUUACUAACGUCAAUGCCUGUGUCUCGACCAUCGAGGGAAGCAGAGCGUCGAAGGGCACUUCCUGGCGAGAAUGGGUGGUUGCAAAUCAGAUAGGUGGCUCGCUUUCGAUCCUCGCUGCUAUUCUUGCCGUACAUACCUUCGUACCUUCUCUCAGGGCCUAUACGACUCCGUACCUAGAGCUCCCUCACUACCAUGCCGAGACAGGAAAAUACACUCAGGGGCUGGAUGACGUAUACUUCAUCAUCAGCUCUAUGCUGGGCUUCACUGCUACAAGGGCUAUCGUAAUUGACUGGUUAUUUUACCCUAUCGCUACCCAGCUGGGGUUGAGACACAAACAGGCUGUUCGAUUCGCUGAACAAGGAUGGCUGCUAGUCUAUUAUCUCGCCUUCUGGACAUAUGGAAUGAAUAUUUGGUACAACUCCAGUUACUGGUUCAACUUCCGUGCGAUAUGGGCAGACUGGCCCACCCGCGAGGUCUCCGGCAGCGUUAAGCUAUACUGCCUCCUUCAGCUAUCAUUUUGGGCCCAGCAAAUCUUUGUCAUCCAUAUCGAAGCCAAGCGCAAGGAUCACUCGCAGAUGUUUAUCCAUCAUAUCAUCACCAGCACGCUCCUUGGGUCUGCAUACGUCUACAGCUUCUACAAUGUUGCGAAUGUGGUUCUCUGCUUGAUGGACAUUGUUGAUUAUAUGUUACCGUUUGCCAAAAUGCUGAAAUACCUUGGAUUUGAACGCGCCUGCACAGUCGCCUUUGGUGUCUUCCUUGGCACCUGGGUCAUUGCCCGCCAUUUCAUCUACAUGGGUCUCUGGUGGUCCAUCCACAAGACAGUUCCCGCCGACGUUCCGUUUGGAUGCUACUCUGGCGCUACUGGCAAGCAGAUAUCAACUGGCUCCCCGGAUCUGUUCUUCCACAUCUUCAGCCCCUUCCUGGACCUCAACGGUCCAAUUUGUAUGACCAACACGGUCAAGACGAUUUUCCUUGGAAUGUUGCUACUAUUGCAGGUCCUAUCGCUUAUCUGGCUGGGGAUGAUUAUUAAAGUAGCGCUGGGCGUUAUAUGGGGCGGAUCCUCGGCAGAGGAUACGAGAAGUGACGAUGAAGGAGAAGUAGACGACGCUGAGCCAAAGGAGAAGGCCACCGUCUCUGCAAGAAACACGAACACAUCGACGAGCUCGGAAGGUACCUCCUGGUCUCGAUCCGUCAUGGCCAACGGAUCGAACCAUCAGAGCCAUCCGGUGCGCAUACGAAUGACCCGUGGACGAGUCACGCUGAGUGACCAUAAUGAUCGAAAAACUCUCCUUGGUAGAAUUGGCUGUGACAAGUCAACAUAG